UGGUGGAAGUGAACUUAAUCCAGCUGUAAAGUGCUGAACCAGUGAAGAGAAUAGCAAGGAUUUUCGAGAGUAGCUGAAAACAACCAGACCGCGCAGUCACCAUGAUGGAAGAAGCAGAUGAUGGCGAUAGCUUCGCUAUACUCAGCGGAGAUGCGGCCUCCAGUCCGGACCGGCACUCGCUGAGGACGAACAGUUUUUCGUCGCAAUCGCACCUGCGUCCGGACGUCCUGGCAGAGGUGUCCCCAUCGGCGGCGUUGGUCUCGCUGACCCUGAACCCGGACGACAGCGGAGACCUCUCGCUGACCAUAGGCAGCCGACCGAAGAGUUUCCUCCUGAUGGACGAGAAGGAAAAUGUCCAACCGAGGUCGGCGGAACAUUUUUGUAAGAAGUUGCGCGUGCAGCCCGAUGCCAAAUUGAAGGUGGUUUCGAUCUUUGGGAACACCGGUGACGGGAAGAGCCACACCAUGAAUCAUGCGUUUUUCGAUGGGGCGGAGGUGUUCAGGACUUCGUCGGAGCAGACCUCGUGCACGUUGGGUAUUUGGGCUUCGUAUCAUCAGCACAACAAUGUCCUUUGCUUGGAUACCGAGGGAUUGCUAGGGGAAACCAUCAACGAAAAUCGACAAAUGCGAAUGCUGCUCAAAGUUCUGGCAAUUUCGGAUAUCGCUAUCUAUAGGACCAGGUCUGAGCGGUUGCGGACGGAUAUGUACAAAUUUUUGGGGACGGCUUCGAGAGCAUUUACGAAGUACUUUUCCGGGGCAUUGCAAUCACUCGGAUCUACAUUGACACCGCAAUCGCUAGGGCCGGCGGUGAUCAUUUUCCAAGAGACGCAGAAUACGGAAAUUUUGAAGGAAAGCUCCGAAGGGAAAACCGAGGAGGAUAUUCUGAGGGAAAGCUUUGCCAAGCAAAAAAUGGAACUGUUGGCAUUUAGCUCGUUGCGGUACGUCGGGGUUCAGACCAGACACCCUCCCACCAACUACGAGCCACUGAGGAUGGCGCUCGAGAAAGAGUUGAAAAAUACAACGGUACGGUCGCCACGGCAACCGAACGUUGUUUUUGAAGCCCUACAGGCACUGAACAGAAAAUUCAACGGAGAACUUUCAUCCCUACCGCACAACACCUUCCCGGAGCAGUAUUUCACCUGUACCACGUUCUGCAAGUCGUGCAACGUGCGCUGCCAGCUCUCGAUGGGCCACCUGGAAACCAAGGAGGACCACAAGUUUUCCGGACCCUGCACCUACCAGCACCAGUACGAGAACAAAGUGUACCUGUGCAACAAGUGCCAUGUCAACGGUCGCCAAGUGGUCGUCAACAUCAAAACGCAAACGAGCAACGAUUCCUCCUGGUUGGGACUGGCCAAGUACGCCUGGAGCGGGUCGGUCAUCGAGUGUCCCCACUGCGGGGAAAUCUACCGCUCCCGGCAGCACUGGUACGGAAACAAAUCCCCAGAACAGACGGCCGUCAGAACCGAAAUCGUGCAUGUGUGGAACGACGGAGGCUUGGCCGUCACUGGUCCCACCCACUCGGCCCAGCUGGUCCUGGAUGGGGUCGCGUAUCUUACCGAUGCGUUCGCCAGUGUCGGAGCGCAACCCACAAACGCAAUCAGAUCCUGGGUAACGGACAAGAUCCGGCCGGCCUACUGGCGACCCGAUAGCGAGAUCAUACAUUGCAAAGGCUGCACGGUCAACUUUGAACGAUUCGACCUCAAGAAGCAUCACUGCCGUAACUGCGGAGAAGGAUUCUGCAGUAAUUGCUCCAAAUAUCGGAUGCCCGUGGUCAGCCGAGGGUGGAGCGAUCCGGUUCGGGUGUGCAGCGGCUGUCGCGAGGAUCUCCAGCGACAGCAGUGGACCAACGGGGACACGAACGGGGGAACUGUUGCAGCCAUGAUUGACGAAGAAAUUGAACAAGAUCUGACGUCUUCUACAGGCAACAAUAACCCCGGCGAUGGGGACGUUCUGGUGCGAAAGUACGGCGAAGUGUUCAUCAAUACGCUGAGCAACCUCGGGGCGGUGCUAGAGUAUCCCAAAGACCUCAUCAAAGAUUCCGCACGGCCCUCCUACUGGGUUCCGGACGCGGAAGCUCCCCGCUGCCACAUCUGCCAGUUGGUGUUCGGGUCGCCCGAGGAAAUCAACUCGUCGAUACCGUUGGUCCGGGCCGAUUCCUCGGUUAAUGGCCAUCGUCAGGCGUCACGGGACGGCGGCAGUACCACGAUGGCCACAUCGCCUUCGCGGUCGUCACCGCAGAACAGUUCGGCCGCCGUGGCCUACCAGGCCAUCGAUCGCCGGCGGCACCACUGCCGGGCCUGUGGCAACGCCAUCUGUGCGGCGUGCUCGGAACAUCGCCAACCGGUGCCGAAACGGGGCUGGCUGAACGAUGUCCGGGUGUGCAACACUUGCUUUUCCAGUGCGGAUUGAACUUCGGCGCCGAAUUUGGAGGUAAAGUUUUAGAAUUUCGGCAAAAAAAUCCAGAAGUGGAAGAUAUUUUCUAAGCUUGAAAGAGUGAGUGGGAGAGAUGGCUUGCGAUUGUGAUUGAGAUUGACAGACAUGGAACUCUAAUUGUGAUAGUUGAUUUAAAGACGUUCGUUUUGGUUUUUGCUUACGUUUUGUUCUUAUUUUUAUGUGCGCCUUCAUACAAGCUUGUUAGCUAGAACGUUUGGCUAUAUUUAGAUCAAAUUUAAGGAAACUUUCGAAAGAGACUGGCCCUUUUUUUUCUUAUUCCCAUUUAUUUCUCAAAAACUUUUUUUUUUGAUUAUUGGCAAAAGCGAAAAAGUACCAUACGAAAGCAUGGAUAUCCUAUUGAGAAUGAAUGUCUUAAAUAUUUGUAAAACAACAACGUAUUCAUAGGAAACGGCACAAAUCCGAAAAUGUAAUUUUCCAAUUAGGAAAUAUAGUAGAAACAUAGUAUCGUUGAUUAUAAAAUAUAUACGUAUAUAAUUAACUGAAAAAUAAAUCGAUUUCCCUUCAUUUUUUA